CCCCACCCGAGGAAGAAGAAGAAAACGAUCCUCUCGCUUUUGCUCUCCUCAAUUGCCAUCUUGCACUUAACAAGAGCUCCUUAGGCAAAGAGAUUGGCACAAAAGAAGAAGAAGACCUCUCAUGGCUACGCUGAACAUGGCAGCUUUUGUGCUGAGCCCAAGCAUUGGCUCCAACACGAGCUCUUCCACCACCAGGAGCAUUGCCUAUUUCCCUAGGGACGGCAACAGCCGGUCCGCGAGGAGGCUUGUGGUGCGGGCCGCGGAGGGGGAGGCGGUGCCACCGGCGGCCACCACCACGCAGGCUCCGGCCUCGGGCGAGCCCAAGCCCCCUCCGAUCGGGCCCAAGAGGGGCACCAAGGUGAAGAUCUUGAGGAGAGAGUCUUACUGGUUCAAGGAUGUGGGAUCUGUGGUCGCAGUUGAUCAGGACCCAAAGACGAGGUACCCGGUGGUGGUCAGAUUCCAGAAGGUCAACUACGCCAACGUAUCGACCAACAACUUCGCGUUGGAUGAGAUUGAAGAAGUCUAAAUGAGUGCUUUGUAAAACCCAGGAUUUGUAUGAUACUUUGUCUUUGUAAUAUCCUCUCCAUCUUCUUCUUCCACAGUCAAUCUAAUUCAUCCACGAGUGCCUUAUUA